UCCCUGAAGGAGGCUGACCUCUUUCCCGCGAUGACAGUUUCCUGCAGGCUUGCUGAGGCGGACUGCUCGCCCUCACAGUAGGAUGUGCUGACGGGGAGCAGGGUUAGAAAGAGUUGAGCUGCUCGGCAUGCAGUGGACGAAGCUGACAAAGUGAUUAUUAGUUCAUUUUUCAAGGAGCAGCGAAUGUCGCAGGUGGAUACCGAGGGGAAAUGAGUAACAAGAUGGACGGUCCAGCGGGAGAGGGUGCCAAAGCCAAUGGGCCCAUUGCAGCACCUAACACCCCCACAAGUACAAUGGGCCCCCCUCUGUCCCCAGAAGAGAUGGCCGAAGAGCAGCAAUCAUCCCUGACAGAUGUCACUAAAAUGUGGAUUAACUUUGCCAAGACUUUUGCCCUAAUAUUUCCUAUCUACGUCUUGGGAUAUUUUGAAUUCAGCUUUAGCUGGGUUCUGAUUGGACUUGCAAUGCUUUUCUACUGGAGGAAGAACUAUGGCAACGGGGACUACAGGAUAAACCGUGCCUUAGCGUUCCUGCAGCAGGAGGAGAAAGCGGUGAAGCAAAGUGUGCCAACCACAGAGCUGCCACCAUGGGUCCAUUAUCCAGAUGUGGAAAGAGUGGAAUGGCUGAAUAAGACGGUGAAGCAGAUGUGGCCGUUUAUCUGCCAGUUUGUGGAGAAGCUGUUCAGAGAGACCAUCGAGCCGGCGGUGAAGGGCGCCAACCCUCAUCUCAGCACCUUCUGCUUCACCAAGAUUGACAUGGGCGACAAGCCGCUGAGAGUGAAUGGAGUGAAAGUUUACACAGAAAAUGUGGACAAGAGGCAGGUUAUCAUGGACCUGCAGAUCAGUUUUGUCGGGAAUACAGAAAUUGACGUGGACAUCAAAAAGUACUACUGCAGGGCUGGAAUCAAAAGUAUACAGCUUCAUGGAGUGAUGAGAGUGGUGAUGGAGCCGCUGCUGGGGGACAUCCCUCUGAUCGGAGCCCUUUCUGUCUUUUUCCUCAAGAAACCUUUGCUGGACAUCAAUUGGACUGGGCUCACAAAUAUGUUGGACAUUCCUGGUGUCAAUGGGUUAUGUGACAACCUACUGCAGGACAUCAUCUACAGCUACCUGGUGCUGCCAAACCGCAUCGACAUCCCGCUAGUGUCAGAGGCCCAGAUGGCUAGACUGCGCUUUCCCAUUCCCAAGUGCAUCCUGAGAAUCCACUUCAUCGAGGCUCAGGAACUGCUGCGUAAGGACAAGUUCCUGGGAGGGCUGGUCAAAGGGAAGUCGGAUCCGUACGGAGUCAUCAAGAUUGGGACGGAUCUCUAUCAGAGCAAAGUCAUCCACGACACCGUAAACCCGAAGUGGAACGAAGUUUAUGAGGCCUUGGUGUAUGAUCACUCGGGGAGCAGUAUGGAGAUUGAACUGUUCGACGAAGACCCUGAUCAGGACGACUUUCUGGGAAGUCUUGCAAUCAACAUGGCCGAGCUCCAGAAGGAACAGAAGGUCGAUGAGUGGUUUCCAUUGGAAGAUGUGACCACAGGGAAGUUACACCUCAAACUGGAGUGGCUGACUCUGUUGUCCACCCCUGAAAGGCUGGACCAGGUGCUGUCGGGCAUCAGAGCAGAUCGCAGUCAAGCCAGUGACGGCCUCUCGUCUGCGGUGCUCAUUGUCUUCCUGGAUUCGGCCAGAAACCUUCCGGGUGUCUUCGAGGGGAACUUGGGCUCUGGCUACUUAAAAGAGAGGCGCGCGUCGGGCCUCGUGUUUUGCGAGAACACGGCUUCUCUCUAUCGGAGCUUAUUUCGCAAUCCGUUAGAGUUCAACCAAGCGGGGCUGAGGAAGGGCUCGGUCAGUAAGGCCAUCAAGUCUGGUAAGAAGGUGACCAGUGAUCCCAGCCCGUUUGUCCAGUUCAGAGUGGGACACAAGUCCUACGAGAGUAAGACCAAGUAUAAGACUCAUGAACCGUUGUGGGAGGAAACCUUCACCUUCCUCAUCCACAAUCCCAAAGUCCAAGAGUUGGAGGUUGAGGUGAAGGAUGAGAAGCACGAUUGUUCACUGGGGACAUUAACACUGCCCCUGACUCGCCUGCUGGAGGCAGAGGAGAUGACGUUGAACCAGAGGUUCCCUCUGAGGAACUCUGGACCGAGCUGUACCCUCAAGAUCAAAAUGGCUCUGCGGGUGUUGAGUCUGGAUAAGGGCACUUCAGCAGCUUCAAACUCCACCCCGUCCUCAGUGCAGGUCCGCAAAUCCGAGUCCUCCAACUCGACCCCACGGCCCUCUAUCUCCUCAGAAUCGCCCAAGCCUCCCGCCUCUACCUCAGACAUUCCCAGAUCAUCCUCCGUGUCAGCCAAGGAGAUGCUGAACAGGCAGAAAGAAGCUAAGGAGACUGUGAGGACCCAGCAAAGCAUGGACUUUGGGCAGGAUGGCAGUGUAGGUGGAGGAGGGAAGAGCUUGGCGGAGACUGGGAGAAGCACCUCAAACCUGGCCAUCUCGGGCUCCCAGCAGUACCUGGCCAGUGGCAAGGAGCCAACUCCCAGCAUUGCUUCAGACAUCUCCAACCCUUACGCUGCUCAGGAGCUGCAGCAAAGACUCGAGCAGUUUCACAAUGGUUCAGGCCCCAGUCUUUUCCCCCUGGGGGAGAUCCAGCUGACGAUCAGACACAGCUCCCAGAGAAACAAACUCAUCGUAGCUGUUCACAGUUGCAGAAACCUCAUAGCUUUCACUGAUCAUGGCUCGGAUCCUUACGUCCGGCUCUACCUGCUUCCCGACAAGCGGAGGUCAGGUCGAAGGAAAACUCCAACAGUCAAGAAAAACCUCAACCCGGUCUACGAUGUGACGUUUGAGUUCAGCGUUUCCCUCGUGGAGCUCCACAGGCGGAAUCUAGAUGUUGCCGUGAAGAACGGUGGAGGUCUGCUCUCCAAACACAAAGGCCUGCUUGGAAAGGUUAUGGUGGAAUUGACUCAUGAUCAGAUCACCAAGGGUUGGACACAAUGGUAUGAGCUGAGCUCAGAUGGCCUGGCCAAGUCCAACCAACUUUAAGUCGCCAUCAUUAGUAUCGUCAUCAUAUCACCACACUUCCACUUUAUAUUCACUUCACUUCCAUCUCUACAGUACGAUGUGUUUUCUAAUAAUUUUCAUUAUUUCUAACUGCAAGAAACAAACUGAUUAAGAAAAGCAGCUUUUGACACUCAUUUAAUCACAUCAGUCGCAAGGCAAACCUUCCCUUUAAGAAGUGAGUGAUUGGCUAAAGGGAGUAUAUACAUGUAGAGAACUAUACUACGUUGUGUAGUGCUAUGGAAACCUAUAUUCUAUAUUUAGAGAAGUGACUGUUUUUUUUGUUGUCUUUCCACAAAGAAUGAUAGUGUACAAGUGUGUAAAUAAUGUACAGUGAUGCUGGACAAAUCAGAGUACAGGGGUGUAUUGUAGAAGUGAGAAGGAGUCGUGGUGUCUUACUUGGCCAAAUGAUUGUUUAUAAUUUUAUUUCAUUUGAUUUAAUUUUUAUUUUUUAAAUGCAAAAACAUUCUGGACAGAGUCGCACCAAAGAGUGGAGUAUUUUUAUUAUUUAGCACAGUUGGGGUUUUGGGUAACACAGCAAUACACUGGCUUUAUUUCACCGUAAUAACGUGUGUGUGUGCGUGUGCGUGUGUGUGUGUGUGUGCGCAAAACCCAAGCAAAAAUAAUGAUAUGCACACACGUGUGUUGUUUUAUUUGGUGGCAUGUUUCUGGGUUUACAUUGAAAUAAGGCCAUUAUUAAGUGUUACCUGUUUGUUUUGUAAAAACUGAAUAUGAAUAUUGCACUUUUUUUUCUUUGUUUGUUUUUUUUUAAAUCUGUUGAUUAUCAUAUUUACUCAGUGCAAACAUCGCCAAAACUCAUCUAUAGACAAGUACAAUUUUUUAAACCAUAAGAGGUGGUAAAAAAAAUAGUGUUGAAAGUUCAUGGAAUAGUUUAACAUUUUGAUGAAAAUGUUUUACUCACAGGUCUCUGCAAGAAGAUGUUUAGCUUAGCUUAGCUUAGCCUAGUUUAGCUUAUCGUAGCUUAGCCUAGCUUAGCUUACUUUAACAAUAAAGUUUGUGUGUCCUUUUGGGGGGAUUUCUUUCCUCACUGUUUGGGUUACGUUUAGUCACCACAACUACAGGUUUGCCCAUUA